GAAUUAGCCUAAGUUAUUAAAGAUGGCGGCGGAGCGGAGUCGCUCCCCGAUGGACUCGCCGGUUCCGGCCUCAAUGUUCGCCCCCGAGCCCAGCUCCCCGGGGGCGUCCAGGGCCGCGGCGGCCGCCGCCCGACUCCACGGCGGCUUCGACUCGGACUGCAGCGAGGACAGCGAGGCGCUCAACGGCGAGCCGGAGCUGGACCUCACCAGCAAGCUGGUUCUAGUGAGCCCUACAUCAGAGCAGUAUGACAGCCUACUUCGGCAGAUGUGGGAGAGGAUGGACGAGGGAUGCGGAGAGACCAUAUAUGUCAUUGGGCAGGGAUCAGAUGGGACUGAGUAUGGGCUGAGUGAAGCUGACAUGGAGGCCUCCUAUGCCACAGUGAAGAGCAUGGCGGAACAGAUAGAGGCCGAUGUCAUCCUCCUGCGGGAACGUCAAGAAGCUGGGGGCCGGGUGCGUGAUUACCUGGUCCGGAAACGAGUUGGAGACAAUGACUUCCUGGAGGUCAGGGUAGCAGUAGUGGGCAACGUGGAUGCCGGCAAAAGCACUCUUCUGGGGGUCCUGACACAUGGGGAGCUGGACAAUGGCCGAGGCUUUGCCCGCCAGAAACUCUUCCGCCACAAACAUGAGAUUGAAUCUGGGCGCACCAGCAGUGUGGGCAACGACAUUCUGGGCUUUGACAGCGAAGGCAAUGUGGUAAACAAGCCCGACAGCCACGGUGGCAGCCUGGAGUGGACAAAGAUUUGUGAGAAGUCCACUAAGGUUAUUACUUUCAUUGACUUGGCUGGCCAUGAGAAGUACCUGAAGACCACUGUGUUUGGCAUGACUGGCCAUUUGCCUGACUUCUGCAUGCUCAUGGUGGGCAGCAAUGCUGGCAUCGUGGGGAUGACCAAGGAGCACUUGGGCUUGGCACUGGCACUCAAUGUACCUGUCUUUGUGGUAGUCACCAAGAUUGACAUGUGUCCUGCCAACAUCCUGCAAGAAACCCUGAAGCUGUUACAGCGCCUGCUGAAGUCACCAGGCUGCCGGAAGAUCCCUGUGCUGGUUCAGAGCAAGGAUGAUGUGAUUGUUACAGCCUCCAACUUCAGCUCUGAGAGGAUGUGCCCGAUAUUCCAGAUCUCCAACGUUACAGGCGAGAACCUAGAUCUGCUGAAGAUGUUCCUCAACCUCCUCUCCCCCCGCACCAGCUACAGGGAGGAGGAGCCUGCUGAGUUUCAAAUUGAUGACACCUACUCUGUCCCCGGCGUGGGGACGGUGGUGUCGGGGACAACACUGAGGGGCCUGAUCAAGCUGAAUGACACACUGCUGCUGGGCCCAGAUCCCCUGGGUAACUUCCUGUCCAUCGCCGUCAAAUCGAUCCAUCGCAAGCGCAUGCCUGUUAAGGAGGUGCGGGGGGGCCAGACGGCGUCUUUCGCGCUGAAGAAGAUCAAGCGAUCGUCCAUCCGGAAGGGCAUGGUGAUGGUUUCCCCACGCUUGAAUCCCCAAGCCUCCUGGGAGUUUGAGGCCGAGAUUCUCGUCCUCCACCACCCUACCACGAUUAGCCCGCGCUACCAGGCCAUGGUGCACUGUGGGAGCAUCAGACAGACGGCCACCAUACUGAGCAUGGACAAGGACUGUCUGCGUACUGGGGACAAGGCCACUGUACACUUCCGCUUCAUCAAGACUCCGGAGUACCUGCACAUAGACCAGCGGCUGGUGUUCCGGGAAGGCCGCACCAAGGCUGUCGGCACCAUCACUAAGCUCCUCCAGACCACCAACAACUCCCCGAUGAACUCCAAGCCCCAGCAGAUUAAAAUGCAGUCGACGAAAAAGGGCCACCUGACCAAACGAGAAGAGGGGGGCCUAUCCAGCGGGCCGGCAGUAGGAGCACCCCCACCCGGAGACGAAGUGUCCUCUCUAGGGGCUACACAGCCAGCUGCAUCCAGUAGUCUCCCGCCGCAGCCCAAGCCCAGCAGUGGGGGCCGGCGACGAGGGGGCCAGCGCCACAAGGUGAAGUCCCAGGGGGCCUGUGUGACUCCUGCCAGCGGAUGCUGAAUCUUACCCAGCCCACCCCCCACCACCCAAGGGGUCCUCACACUCUGGCCACUGCUCCACCAGAAGGACAGAGCAGCUCUGACUGCCACCCACUCUCCCCCCAGGGCCACAGCCAGAGCCUCCGCAUUGCCCCACCCCCAUUUUCCAGGGGGUGUGUAAUUUAUGAGCUGAGGAAGAUGGCUGGACUCCCGGAGGACUGACCAUCUCCCACCCUCUUCCCUGCCUUCUUCCUCACUCACAUGUUUUUUGUACAUCUGGGCCCUUAGUUUUUAUUCUGUUUAUUAUAUGUCUCUGUCUCUCUCUAUUCUGUGUGUGUGUGUGUGUGUGGCGCAGGAGUGCCACCGCCAGGGCCCUGUCAGUCUCUCUCCUUUUCUCCUCCAUGGCUGCCCAGCUGCCCGCCUGCCUGUGUGUCUCCGUGAGAAUCCUCAGGGCCGUGAGGGCAUGUCAGGAGCUGAAGGAGCCCAGCUUCCCUGUCUCACUGCUCCUCUCGGCACUCAGAAGCCCCUUCCGUGGAGCCAGACUGGGCAGAGGGGCUUCUGGGAUUCAGUGCUGCUGCCAGAGCAGGGAGUCCCCACUCUAGGACUUGGGGAUUUUAACAGGGAGAAAGCGAUGGCUUCCCCUUUUGUCUCUCUCCCUCUUUUUCCCUUUAAGCCCCCAAACAGGUAAUGCCAAAAGCUCUCCUGUUGUGACCUGUAGAUGUGUGGAACGCAGUGGCAGUGGGAUUGUAGGACUCUCCCUGCCCCGGACUCUGACCCAAAGACAUCUGGUGGGGUUUCCCCAUGGAGACAAUCCUGUGUUUGCCUGGGCUGGCCCCGGCUACGCCUGGCUUUGCCGACCUGCUCAGCCUGGAGCCUCUCCCUAUGCCCAGGAGCCGCCCUCUGUGGACUUGGGCUUUUUGUUGGGCCUUGGGCACCAGUUACUAAAUUGAGGUCUGGGUCUGCUCAGGAUCAUGUCUUCUAGUCCCUCGUGUUCCUGGGGUGAAAGGGUGUUCCUCUGGGCUAGGCCAGGACUGGAACCCCUCCUUCCCUGCCACAUGGCCCUAACACAGCUGCUACAGGAACACAACAGUAAAGGGCCUGAGCCCCAGGUUUGGAAGCCCCGAUUGGGGUGUGGGGUUAGGCAGGUAGAGGGUAGCGAAAAAGACUCCUCCAGGCUCAGCUCAGAGCAUUUAGCCUCCUGGAAGAGCCCCUGCAUGGGUGGCAAGUGGGGUUUUACAGGCCACAGGUGGUGACAUGGGCCCCAGUCAGCCUGGACUCAGCUCUGCACUGAAGCCCUUGGUGUAGGGUAGGCUGAUGGGCGGGGGGUGUUCCUUCUCUAGCUGGGGCAGACACCCAGCUGGCUGGGUCCUUCCUCAGCCUUGCCUCCUUCCUGUCCCCAACCUUCUCCUUUCCUCCUGCUUCCUGACUGCUGGUCCCAUCUCCUCCCCUCCUUCCAACUGUUUCUAGUUACCACUGACCCAUGGCCGUGGACCGAUCAGACCAGCAUCAAAAUAAAAGUUUGUUUCAA